UCCCCUCUCCAGGAGUCUCUGAUAGACUUCACAGACAGCAACAUGAACAAGGUAGCAGCUGACAUCUCCCUGGCUGUGAUGAAGUUCAUGGGGGAUUACCCUCUGAAGGGACAGACAGAACAGGACCUGGUCUCAACUAUCCUAAAGCAGAGUGGGGAGUAUGGGCUGAUGAAAGAUGAAGUCUACUGCCAGGUGAUGAAACAGGUCACAGGAAACACCAGCUCCAAAACGGACAGUUGUCAGAGAGGCUGGAGGCUCCUCUACAUCCUGACUGCGUUCCAUCGCUGUUCUGAGGUCCUGAAGCCCUUCCUUUUAAAGUUCCUACUGGAUACCUGCUCCAGACCCGGAGUGCACUACCAAGGUAUAGCCAAGGCGUGUGAGCAGAACCUGAGGAGGACCUUCCAGUACGGAGGAAGAAUAGAACCCCCCAACAGCAUGGAGCUGAAGGCUAUGAUGCUCUGCUCUCUGAUUACCUUGAUCUCUGAUUGGCUAUCUGUCUGUGCCCUGUGA